AUUCCCAUCGCCUCGGUCGAUAAAGGAGUCUUGAAUACUUUAUCUGGAAAUCGGCCGCAUCAAGGAUACGUUCUACGUUGCGGUAAGCUUUUCUUUGAAUCGCUUAACAAAAUCCCACAUCCCGAUGAGGAUUCCGCAGCACCCAGCAUGUGGUUAGUCCUAGAUGAAGUCGUGGAUCCCCAGAACUUGGGUGCUCUGCUACGGUCAGCCUACUUUUUGGGUGGCUCGACCAAAGUAGGCAUCCUUGUAUGCGCCAAAAACUCAGCCCCGCCGUCCCCCACUGUAAGUGCGGCCAGCGCAGGGGCGUUGGAGCUGGUGGAUUUGUAUAGUACUAGCAACCUUCCACGAACGUUGGCGGCGGCCGAGUCGGAUGGCUUUCGAAUAGUCGGCGCAUCCGCCUCCGUACCACGAGAUUUGAACGUUCCAUUGUACGAACUUCAGGAGAUAUCGGAGAUGUCCGGGCCCACCAUCUUGGUUUUGGGGUCUGAAGGCCACGGCUUAAGGUCACUUGUGGCCAAAUCGUGUACUGAAUUUGUCAAGGUGCCGGGAGCCGUGGAUGCGGGAGGUGUCGACUCUUUGAACGUAAGCGUUACCGGAGGGAUACUACUCUGGCAUUUUUUAAAGGAUAUAACAAAGUAG